GGCUUCUGCAAAGCAAAAAUGUCUGCCUAAUAUAAAGUCGUAGCCGAUAUAUAGAGCAUAUUUUCCUUGGUAUUGCUGCUUAAAUCAACAUUUCGCUAUUUUGAGACGUAGUACGAGGAAGCGAGUCUUCACCAGAUCACCCUAGUCGGGGUUUUACUCGCGAAAAAAGGGGUUUCGAGCUCGCCAGGAUGAAUCCUCAGCAGCGGAUCGCCGCUCUUGGAACCGAUAAGGAAUUAAGCGACCUGCUAGAUUUUAGUGCGAUGUUCUCUCCACCUGUAAGUGGUGGCAAAAACAGGCCCACCACACUUGGAAGCAGCCAGUUUAGUGCAUCAGGUAUGGAGGAGCGAACUAACCAAGUGUCUUGGGCCCAAGGUGGCGAGUCCAGCCCUUCCUAUGAGUCCUCUCGGGGUUUCACAGACAACCCUCAUUAUGGCGAUCAUUUGAGUGACAGUCGAUUAACGUCUCAUGAAGGAUUAUCUCCGACACCUUUUAUGAACUCGAACAUAAUGGGAAAAUCAGAGAGGGCUGCAUUUAUUGGCUACGGGAGGGAUCCUGGUGCACCUGGCUACCAGUCUUCUAUAAGGUCAGAUGUUGGGGUGGCGAGUCCCAGUUCUGUGUCCACGUCAGCAAAGUCAGCUGCUCCAUUUUUCUCCUUCUCUGCAGCCAACCCCAGAAGACGUUCUCUACAAGAUAAUCCGCCCAUUGAUCCUCUACAAACAAAGAAAGUUCGCAAGGUCCCUCCUGGCCUGCCUUCUUCUGUGUAUGCACCGUCUCCAAACUCAGAGGACUUCAACAGAGAUUCCCCCUCAUACUCUUCUUCAAAGCCCUCCAGCAGUAUGUUUGCUAGCACUUUCUUCGAUGGUACCCACAGUUCAUCUGACCCAUGGAACUCAUCAAAUGGGAUUAGUCAGCCAAGCUAUGGGGGAAUGCUCGGGGGAUCUUCAUCUCAUAUGGCACAAUCAGGAAACUACAGCGGCCUGCACUCCCAUGACCGUUUGAAUUUCCCCACACAUUCAGUCUCUCCAGACAUCAAUGCCAGUCUUCCUCCCAUGUCCAGCUUCCAUCGAAGCAACACCAGCACUUCACCAUUCGUCACUGCAGCGCACACCCCAUCUGUCAACACAGCAGACGGGGUCAUGGCUGCUGCAAAUCGGGGCAACGCCACUGGAAGCUCACAGACGGGAGAUGCACUGGGCAAGGCUUUAGCGUCGAUUUAUUCACCUGACCACACGAGCAGUAGUUUUCCAUCCAACCCAUCUACGCCUGUCGGUUCUCCUUCACCUCUGACAGCCACAGCAGGCGCUGCCUCAGCCGGAACUGUGGUGACUGCUGCUGGCACCCCUUCUGGAAGGGCAGGUAGCACCCAUUGGCCUCGUGCCAGUGGACAGACCCCUUCGUCUCCAAAUUAUGAGAACUCUCUUCAUUCACUGAAAAACAGAGUUCAUCAGCAGUUACAUGAGCAUCUCCAGGAUGCUAUGUCUUUCUUAAAGGAUGUCUGUGAGUCUCGAAUGGAGGAUCGUCUGGACAGACUGGAUGAUGCAAUCAUUGUACUGAGGAACCAUGCAGUGGGUUCCACUGCCAGUCUGCCCAGCGACAUACACAGUCUACUGGGACAAGGACAAAAUGGGCCAAUAGCGGCAAUUGGAGCAAACUUCCCCGCCUCUGCGUUGGUUUCAAGUCGGACAGCAGCAUUGGGUGGUGCUCACGCUGAUGAUGCUACCAGCCUAAACAACAGCCAUGGAGGGCUGCCGAGUGCCAGCUCCACAUCCAGCGCAGAACUCAACCACCAAGUGGAAACAUUCAGAGCAGGUCUUGCUUCAGGCCUGGCUGGCCAGGUGCCUGCUACUCUGGAGCUGAAGGUGGAGAAACAGGACAAAGAUGAGAUGCAUGAAAACCUGUCUGGUGAAGAUAAUUCAGAUGAUGAGAGCAAUAAAAGAGACAUGAAAACAACCCGUGCAGCCCCACGCACUAGUGGGUGGAGUUCUUAUCCUAUCUCUGACAGUAUCAAUGAAGAUGAAGACCUGAAUCCAGAGCAGAAAGCUGAGCGAGAACGCGAGAGGAGGAUGGCUAACAACGCUCGUGAACGCCUAAGGGUUCGAGAUAUCAACGAGGCCUUCAAAGAGCUGGGUCGCAUGUGUCAGCUGCACCUGAAAAGUGAGAAGCCUCAGACAAAGCUCCUCAUUCUCCACCAGGCUGUGGCUGUCAUACUUAGCUUGGAGCAGCAAGUUAGAGAGCGGAAUUUGAACCCCAAAGCAGCUUGCCUUAAGAGACGAGAAGAGGAAAAAGUCACCAGUGGUUCUGGUGAUGGCCAGCAGACCCACACAGGAGUUCAUCCAGGUCUCACUGACUCAUCCAAUCCAAUGGGCCACCUCUGAGGAGUCAUCGGAUCAUUUCUGUCCAUAUGAGUUGGUGACCUUGCUUCCCAUUGACAGACAGGACGCGUGUUGUGUGACACCAGUUGGAGGAGACAGACCACUUGAAGCAAAACUACUAGACUAACACAAUCCGGUCCUAAGAUUGAAGCGUAGCCUGGUGUCCAGCUCCCUGUGAUCAGUUUCCAUCUGCAAAAUUCUGCCCACAAGAAGUCUUCAGCACAUAUCACUGUCUGCAAGAAGUGUGUCGCUUCUGAACAAUCAGAGACUCGCAAUCUCCUCCAGCCGUAUGUGGAAAUUGCCUUGUGCCUAAACUGAAUUGACGAAUGCAUUGUAACAGCAAUUGUUUUUGUCUGUUUUGUUUUUCUAUUUAUUAUUUUAUGGAGCUAUAAAGUGUAUGUCUAAAGGGAAAGUUAAGUAGUUUUGAUGAGAUAAUUGUUGCUUUUCAGUUGAUCUACAGUUUGCCAGGGUCACCACAAUAAUUAAGCACUCCACCUGUGUAAGUCUUUGGCGAGUCUGAGAUGAGGGGAUAAAUUUAUUGGGCAGUGACAAGGUAAGUUUCAGGUUAAUUUAUUGCCCAGUUUAGAGUGACAUUUGUGCCCAACUGAAAAUUACCUUUAGCUUUUAGACACACACUUAACCCUCCUCGUUUUUAAAAAAGAGAAUAUAUUAUUUAUAUAUUAUAUUGUGUUCAUUCUUACAAUUCUCACAUCUGCAACCAAAACAAAGUUUUAUGGUGUUUUCAGGUGUUUUUGUUACCGGACUGAAAUCAAAAAAUGUUAAUAAGCUCAGCAGUGGAAUAAGAUGUGCUGCUGCAUUAGCCUGAACAAUAUUAUCUAAAGAGGUGGUGGUCAAACGGCAAACUCUAGUUUUACUGAAAUGUGGAGUUUUGUUUGUUUGUUUGAGUCCUCAGCAGUGAGCAGUGAAAAUGCAGACAUCCAUGAGCAAACCUUUGCAUUCCCUGCAUAUUUUUAGCGUCUUAAAUGAGAAGGUGACUUGCUUGUCCUUAGGUUCCUUUGCCAUAUAGUGUUAAAAUUAAUCCGAGACCUGUUUUGCAGACUGGUGUCUAUAUUUCGCCUCACAGUAACAUGCUUUUGGCACCCGCGCACAAGUAGCUUCUUUUUUGUCAUUUCCUGCCUCCAGCUAAUCAGAAAUGGCUUUAUGAAGUAGUUUGAAAACGAAGACCAUGCGUUCUCCUGGCCUGAUGAACAUAUCUUUAUAGUUUUUCUUUGUGUUAACAACUCCAAAUGGUGAAAGCAUUUAUCUGAACUGAAAUUUUGUUUUGAUCAUUUUGUAACAGGUUGAUUCUCCAGGCUUCCGGCAUAUAAAGUCCAGUUUCACAUAGUAGAGAGAACCUUCUAAGUUAUUUUUGAUCCAAGCUGCAACUUACUAAGUACAGACUAGAUAUUUCAGACAUUUUGUUGAAUAUCAUUUUUUGUUUGUUUGUUUGUUUGUUUUUUACUGUAGUACAAUAAUGAACAAAAGCAAAAAAAAAAACAGAUUUUCUUUUCUGUUUUCAGACUGAUCAUGGCUGUAUUUUUCCACCCGCAUCUUAAUGUGCAUGUGUUACAUUUCUUGUGUUAAGUCUUUGUUCUUAAGACUUGCUUUAUAAUCCAUUUAUUUCUUUGUUCAUAGUUGACUGCAUCUUAAGCAAAGCUGCCACAUUCAGGAGUGUUCUGGACAAAAAGGGAAUUCACUUAGAAUAAAGAAUGCCACACCAAGAUUUUUCAAUAUUUGCUAUGGUGAAGAAAUCACAUUUGUGUGUGUGGGUGUGCGUGUGCGUGCGUGUGACCUGACUGAAUGUGGCCUUCUUUAUUUCAGUAUUCAUGAGCAUGCACUCGUGUUGGCAGGUUUUGAUUGAGGGCAUAACGUAUGUCACACUCCCUGCUCCGUCUUCGUCAUUAGUUGUUUUCUAUUUCUCAUGCUUCCUUUUUUUCUUUGCUCCGCUGUUUGCUAAGUUAGACUUUGCUGUAUUCCCAGAUGCUUUCCCGUGUAUAGUAUAUAAAAAAAAAAUCAAAGGAAAAAAAACACAUUUGGCUUAUUUUUCACUGUAGUUAGUCUUUUAUACAAUAUUACUGUAAGAAUAUUUCUUGGAUUCUAAAUAUUACUCUUUCUAGAUUUUUGAAAACAAAAGUUUUGAGUAAAAAGUUUCUUACUUUAUUUUACUAUAUUAGAUAGUAAAAUGUACGGUUAUUUACCAUAACCUAUUCAUUAUUACCAGAAAAUUUCAAAUGACAUUUCAAGAACAUAGUCAAGUUGUUGCUUGUAGUCUAAUACUUAAGGCUUUGUACGAGCUCAAAUUGCUAAAAGUGCGACCUCCAUCGUAUUUUUCAGCCUCUGUUGUUAAUUGAUAAGAUUUGUUCUUGUGUCAAAUGAAUUUCAAGGUAUAUUGUUGAUGCACAUGAAAAAAAUGGCAACGGGAAUUUCUUUUUUGUUUUCUUCAGAAAAACAGUGUAUAUAACAUUUAUGUUGCAAUAAAUGUGCCAUCUUUUUAUAAACCCAAUUGUAUGUGCAUUUAUUUCUGUCACUUUUUUUCAUAUAUUUGCAUUUUUUCUUUUCUCCAUGCAGCUUUCUUUUUUGAAAAAAGUGCAGGCCGGCAAAGUAAAAGGAGAAACUUGGGCACACAUAAUUUCCUUCUCUCUGGCACUCUCUCUCUCUCUCUCUCUCUCUCUCUCUCUCUCUCUCUCUCUCUCUCUCUCUCUCUCUCUCUCUCUCUCUGUCUCUCUGUCUCUCUCUUUCUCGCUCUGUUUUGGAGAUCUUUCUACAGUGGAUUUAGGCCAAAUGACUGUUUUAUAGUAUGUAACUCAUUUUUGAAAAUACCAGUGGACCAUUGUAGUCUGUAUGAAAAGUGCUAUGGAAUAUAUGUUUCUAUUUUUAAUAAAGUGUCUUAGCAG